GAUCGCAGAUCAACGGUGCGUUUGCUUCUCUCCUCCGGAAGGUUCCCGCAGGCGCGGCCGACCUCGGUUUCAACCCCAGCUCUUCUUCCCCCCCUCCUCCUCGUCCCAAGCUUCGAACGCGACGACGAGAACAAGGAAGCGGACGCGAGAGGAGAAGACUAGACCAGGGGAACGUCGAAGAGGCCUCGGAUCGGAUCCAUCGACGCGUGAAGAUGUCUUCGCCCGCCGAGUACUACAAAUCACUUCCACCUAUAAGCAAGGCAUAUGGGACAUUGUGUUUCCUUACCACCGUGCUAGUUCGGCUCCAUAUCGUGGAUGGGGGUUUUCUUGUAUUAUAUUACCCUUGGGUGUUUAAGAAGUUUCAGGUAUGGAGGCUAUUUACAAGUUUCAUCUUUCUGGGACCAUUUUCCAUAAACUUCGGUAUUCGCCUUCUGAUGAUAGCAAGGUAUGGUGUCAUGCUGGAAAAGGGAGCAUUUGAUAGACGCACUGCAGAUUUCUUGUGGAUGAUGAUAUUUGGUGCCAUCUCACUAUUGGUGGUGUCUGUUAUUCCCCUAUUAAAUACUUAUACAUUGGGAGUACCUAUGGUCAACAUGCUUGUUUAUGUCUGGAGCCGAGAGAAUCCGAAUGCUCAGAUAAAUAUAUAUGGUCUUGUCCAAUUGAGGGCAUUUUAUCUUCCAUGGGUUAUGCUCUUAUUGGAUGUGAUAUUUGGGUCACCAUUAAUGGGUGGCCUUCUGGGUAUCAUGGUUGGACAUCUAUACUACUUCUUUGCAGUGUUGCACCCUCUUGCCACCGGAAAGAACUACCUCAAGACUCCGAAAUGGGUCCAUAAGAUUGUUGCUCGAUACAGAAUAGGGGUGCAAGCCAACGCUCCUGUCAGGCCGCAAGCUAACGGCAACACCGGGACUGGUGCCUUCAGAGGAAGAAGCUAUAGACUCAAUCAAGAUUGACCUGGAGAAGUACACACCUUGUAACGUGAUUCCUGUUGGGAGUGGCGAUGUAAUAGAAGCAGAGCCCAGAACAUAGUAGGGUCAACCAGGAUUAUUAAGGGUUUACUCUGUUUAGAUGUUCUGUUAAAAAAGCUGGACUUGUAUGGAAUGGCAAGUCCUUUCGUUUACUGAUUUUAGUUCCUAACAAUGUUAAUAGUCCAUGUUUGUUUGAAUUAUUUUUUAGGACGCUUCUGUCUGAAUCGUUGUUUGAAAGAUAAUUAAUUUGCUUGGCUGUA